GAUCGGGCUCCGCCUUCUUCAAUCAGCAGCAACAAGGCUCGCCAUGACAGUGACGGCAACCACGACAAGAAGCCGCCCGCCAAAAAGACCACAAAAAAAUCCUCCAAGAAGCAAGCUCCUCGUGCUUCCUUCCCCUCCACUUCUGACGAUGCUCCUGUCACCCCUGUUGCACCGGAUGAUGUUGGAAACGAGCCCGCUCAUUCCGAAGAGAAGAAGGCCAAGGAGGUCGAUCCGUCAGGUGGCGAGGAACAAAACGACAUGACUGAAACUGACAAAGCAUUCUUCAGAAGCAUGGCCAUUUAUGGCGAAGAAGAGGCUCGCAACUUGACCAGGCGCAUGUAUCCUGAAGCCAUUAGCAUUGUCAUGAGACACCAUCACUACAUUGAUCCCGCUGGAGCAUACUCCAAUGAUUUGAAUCCACAACGCCUCACUGGCAACCUCUACUAUAAGAGCAUGAAAUUAAACAGCCGCGAUCGUGAAGUAUUGACCCCCUUCUUUUCCAAUGACGUGCCGUGA